AUGAUCAGUUUCUGCAAACCUGACGUCCAAUCCAAUAUUGUGUCUAUGGUUCAUGUAGGCGCUAUUGGUGGUGCACUUGUUGCUACUAAGCUUAUUGACUUUUUUGGAAGAGUUAGAUCGUUACAGAUCAUUUGUAUUGUUUACCUUGUAGGAGUUAUUGUUCAAAUGACUUCAAAGAAUCUUGGUCAAUUAUAUGCGGGAAGAUUCGUUGAAGGUCUUCUGGUCGGAUGUACUACAACUGCCGGCCCAGUUUACCUUGUUGAAGCUGCCCCUAGUGUAAUCAGAGGUGUGGUUGGUGCUAUUUUCAGUGCUCCAAUCUAUUUGGGAGUAAUGAUUGAAUAUUUUGCCAAUUAUGGUGUUGUUUUAGAUGUGCCUAGCUUGACUCGCCUGAAACAACCAAAUGAUUUACAAUGGAUAUACACUUUGAUUCCAAAAGUUAUUAUUCCCAGUCUCAUGUUUAUAUUUUCCUUUGUAUUUUGUAUUGAAAGUCCACGAUGGCUAGUUAAAACUGGUAAGAUAGAGAAAGCAGUCAGAAACUUAUCACACUUGAGAAAAUUACCCCAAAAUCAUCCAUAUGUUAUUGCUGAGCUCAGUGAUAUCAACGAUCAAGUUGAAACUGAAAAACAAGCUACUAGUGGGUACAAUAUGUGGCGUUGUGUCAAGGAGAUCUGUACCAAGAAAAGUAUAGCUUAUCGAUUCUUUGCAAUUGCUGCACUAGCACAAAUCUUGGGUCAAUGGAGUGGUGCAAAUGCAAUUACGUUAUAUGCGGCUCAAUUGUUUUCCCUAGCUGGAGUUGCUGGUGCCGCUGGAAAAUUGAAAAUGAUGGCAAUUUUGGGUGUUGUUAAAUUUGUUGUAGCGUAUUUUGCAGCAUUCUUUUUGAUUGAUAUUGUUGGACGCAAAAAGACGUUAUACAUUGGAUUAGGUGUACAAAUAGUGAGUGUUUUGUACUAUGCCAUCUUUUUAACUGUUGUUCCUCAAGCCGCUAAUAAAGGAGCAGAUGGUACAUUUACACCAUCUCAAGCACGCGCAAGUAAAGCAGCUAUUGCCUCGAUUUUUUUCAAUGCAAUUGGGUGGGUUAUUGGAUGGAACAAUACGCAAUAUUUAAUAGGAUCGGAGAUUUUUCCCUUGCAUAUUAGAUCGUUUGCUCAAAGUGCAGUGAUGGUGGUUCAUUUUGCAAAUAUGUAUGGUAAUGCCAAGGCGCUCCCCAAAAUGAUGAUUGCUAUGCAUCCAUAUGGUGCAUUCUACUUCUUUGCAGGGGUCAUGGUACUUGGUAUGAUAUGGAGUUUCUUGUUACCUGAAUUAAAGGGAAGAAACUUGGAAGCAGUUGAAGAGGUUUUCACAUUACCAUGGUAUAAGUUGAGACAUGGUGAUGUUUUAGUUCAAGACCACUCUCAAGUUAACAAGCUUACUCAUGGUGACAGCAAAUGUGGAGAUUCAGAAUCUGAAAACAUGGAGUUGAGUAAGGAGACAUUGGAUGGUGUUAGAGUAAGUGAGAAAUCAGUCUAG